CAGAGAGCUGUACGCUGCAAACAUCAUUAGCAGGGGAGACGCUUUCCACCGUCAGCGCCGGAGCAGAGCAGGGGAGCCCUGGCAACAAGGAGCGACACAAACUCAGCAGCCCGUUACACCCUACAGGAAUGGUGACAUCACCUGCAGACAGACAGACGUUGACAGGAAGCACAGGCAUCCAAUACGCUUCCCUCGCAUUGGCGGAGAGAUCCAGACUUUACACCAGGAAGUUGUCAGCUCUCUACUGAGCAGCAGGCUCCACCUCGUCCGCCCCAGUAGCUCUGCCUCCUCUGCUCAGGGAGUGCUGAGUCCCUGAGUCAACACUCUGCAUUCUGGGAUAAUCUGGAACCCUCUCCAUGGGCUGUACCACCUGGUGAAGAACCAGGGGGGUCUGGAGGAGUUGUGUUGAAUGAGGAUUGUGCUGGGUGCGGGCAGGCUUGCUUUUGCAAAGAAAUGAUUCCGCAUGAAGUGCGACGCACUCGGCCCCCCGUCGUCCUCGGCGGCAGCAGCAGGUGUGACGUCGUGACUCUCUCUCCUGCCACACUGAGCUCACCUUUCAGUCGCUAAAGAUCUCUGGACCAAACGGACCGCCCUACCCCUCUCCUCUAAUCUCCCCUCCAUAUCUUGUUUCGAUUUUCGAUUUUCGUUGUCACCGAGAAAAAACCUGGUAAUCAAACGCCUUGGUGCAACUGGAUGAAGAGGGAAGGAGAAAUAAAGUUUGGGAACGUAAUUCAUAGCUAAUUAAAGCAAGACGAGUGACAAUUCAUCAAAAGUGAGACAGGAAAGUGAAAUAAAAAGCCAGAGAUAUAAAAAGGAAACUAAAAAAGGAAAGAAAAAUCUAUAGAAGGCCACAAAUUAAGGAACAAUAACGCAAGUACAGUUGAGGGACGUGAGGCAAAGUCAGCAUGAAGUCCAACCAGGAACGCAGCAAUGAAUGUCUGCCCCCAAAGAAGAGGGAGAUCCCCUCCAGCACAUUACCAUCUGACAUUCGCUCACCCAUCCUCCCUCCUGCCAGUGACAGCCAGCGCACAGAGAACAUGGCCUGGCUUGCCAGUGUGGCUGGGGGAAAUGAGAGUGACAUGGGUGGACACCGUAGCUCCAGUCAUUCGGAAAGCCUCCAGUAUAAAUCGCUCUUUUCAACAUCAGACUCUUCAUCCUCCUCUUCCUCAUUGAGGCUAGUCUCAUCUCUUCCUACCGUGUAUACGUCCCCCCUGUCACAGUCCACAGUUGGAGGAACUGUCCAUUAUGCCCAUCUGCCUCCCAACCUGCAGUUCAUAGCCCCAUAUGCAGGCUACAUCUCCCCUCAACUGCUUCCACCUCCUCCUCCACCUCCCCCCCUCUCCUCCUCGUCCUCCUCUUUGGCCGCACAGCGACAGUCACACCCAGAGACAGUCUCUGCUCCGUCACACGCCUCCAAAAAUGACCAGCAGAGAGCAUCCACUGGGCGUACCUCCAUGCCUCCGCCUUCUACAGACCCCACCCCUCACCACGUUCAAAUGUCAACCUCAACACGGACUGUGCCGUCACUUCAUUACCAAGGAGGCAUUCACCUUCCUCCUCAGUCUCUACACCCCCACCAUACUUUGGGACAUGGGAUGUCCCAGCUUGUAGUUCAGUAUACGGACGCACCCACUAGGAAAGAGGAAGUUGGCUCCAGACCCAGAGAGCUCCACAAUGGAGAGCUGGAAAGGGAUCGGCGGUUUGGAGCAUCCCCUGAGUCUAACCUCUCUAAGCCAGGGAGCAAAUCACGCGAUGCCACUUCGUCUUUGUCCUCCUACGAGGGCCGCCAGCUGGUUCUGCACUCAGACUUCUCUACUCACGAUCCCUCAGGGCUGAGAACCUCUUUCAUGCUAAUGCCCAACAGCCAUCAUGACCACCAGCUAGUACCACCCAGAGCUAGCCCUGAGAAUCAGACAAGCUCUGCACACCUUGAGAAAGGUGGCAUCAUCCUGGGCAAGCCUGUCAAUCGCACACCCUCGUCAUCCAACAUCACCUCCUCUUUCACGUUUCCACCCCCAUUAAGUGUCGACAGCCUGAAAGCGGCUGUCAGCACACUGUCACCCCAGACCGUUAUCCAGACCACCCACAGCGCAACAGAGGCACUGUCGAUGGGGCUCCCCUCCGCCAGUAUCUACCAUCAGCCACCUAUCAUUGGUUACAUCGCAGGGGGUGGUGGGAGCCAGCAUACGCCAAUUAGCUACCACACCAGCCUACAACAACACUUACUCAUUCCUGGUGCCCAACCGGUAAUUAUCCCUGUUAGUGGAGGGGGAGUCACCACAUUGGAACCUGUAACUUCCCACAUAACAUCAUCUGCCCAAGCCGCACCGUUUCCUACCACACUCCCACACACAUACAUUGCUGCCACUGCACCCAAAGGAGAAACUCGAGAAGCCCCCAGCAGCUCAUAUCACCAGGCCGCUUCUGGUGCAGUUGUCCAAGCCCAACUUCAUCUCCCUAUUGUUUCCGCUCCUCCAGGACUGGUCGCUCCUUCUGCUCCUCCCCCCUUAUCCAGUACAGUGGCGCCCCCCUCGCUCCCCCCAUAUUUCAUCAAGGGCUCCAUCAUCCAGCUGGCAGAUGGGGAGCUGAAACGCGUGGAGGACCUGAAGACAGAGGACUUCAUCCAGAGUGCUGAGAUCAGCAACGAGCUGAAGAUUGACUCGUCCACAGUGGAGCGCAUUGAAGGGAGCCACACCUCACCCAACUUUGCUGUGGUUCAGUUCUCUGUUGGUGAGCACCGUGCUCAGGUGAGUGUGGAAGUCUUGGCGGAGUACCCCUUCUUUGUCUUCGGCCAGGGCUGGUCUUCAUGCUGCCCAGACCGGACCACCCAGCUUCUGGAGCUGCCUUGCACCAAGCUCUCUGUGGGCGAUGUGUGUAUUUCACUCACCCUCAAGAAUCUGAGGAACGGAUCUCUAAAGAAGACUCUGGAGUUUGCCACGCCUGCCUCUGUCCCAGCGUCCAGCUACGGGCACCUUAAACCCCCCAGAGCUGUCCCAGACGCUCCCCAAAGCUGCAGUGGAGGAGGAUCCAGGCACACUGAGCGGGAGAAUGGCAUCAGCCAUCGAGGGAGGGGUGGAAAUGGGAAUAGAAGUGGAGGAGGCACCAAUGUGGAAAACGGGGAUCUCGUGUUUGGGGUAAGAGGGUCCGUUUCUAAAGGUCAGGUUGCCAGCAACGCGGAAGCUGGAGUCACUAAGCCAUCAGGACGAAGGAAGCGGAGAUGGUCCGCCCCUGAAGGACGAAAAGUAGAAAGAUCUGAGGAGGAGCCGCCCUUGACCCUGCCCAAACCUUCCUUCAUCUCACAUGAGGUGAAAGUCAGCAUCGAGGGAAGGUCAAGUAUUGGCAAGUGAAGGCUAGCAGGAAUGUUCAAUAACCAUUGGGAUUGGGAAAAAAACAAAAA